ACAUGUCUGAGCAGUGAGAUAAACACUGUGAAAGGGAAAAGUUAACUCCUCCCAAGUAUAAAGCCCCUUGCUCUGUUAGGGUGUGUUAAUCUUCCUACCCAGCAGCCUGUGAAGAGACAGCUUGCCUGCUCCAUAGAGGAAGGGAAAAACAGAGCAGAGUCGAGGACCCACUGACUUGAAUUCCUAAACCAUUUUGCUGAAGCCACGAGGACCCCAUUCCCUGGUGAUUCCUUGCACUGACCAGACUGUGUGAUCCUCCCAAACACCAGCACACCAUGGCCAAGAGAGUUGCUGUGAUCGGCUCUGGCGUGAGCGGACUGACCUCCAUCAAGUGCUGCCUGGAUGAGGGACUGCAGCCCACCUGCUUCGAGAGAAGCAACGACAUCGGGGGGCUCUGGAGAUUCAAAGAAAAGGUAGAGGAAGGCAGAGCCAGUAUCUACCAAUCUGUAUUCACCAAUUCCUCCAAGGAGAUGUCGUGCUUCAGUGACUUUCCGAUGCCAGAACACUUUCCAAACUUCCUGCACAACACCAGAUUCCUGGAAUAUUUGAAACUGUAUGCAAAGCGCUUUGAUCUUCUGAAAUACAUCAGGUUCAAGACCACAGUCAUCAGUGUAAGAAAAUGCCAGGAUUUCUCUACCACCGGUCAGUGGAUUGUUGUCACCGAGAGUGAUGGAAAGCAAGAAUCCACCAUGUUUGAUGCCGUUAUGGUGUGCAUGGGUCACCAUAUAGAAUCCUUUAUCCCAGUGCAGUCGUUUCCUGGUAUUGAAAAAUUCAAGGGCCAAUAUUUCCACAGCCGGGAGUACAAGAGCCCCGAAGGAUUUCAGGGGAAGACGGUCGUGGUGAUUGGAAUGGGGAACUCUGCAUCGGAUAUUGCCGUGGAGCUCUGUCAGAGAGCCAAACGGGUGUUCAUCAGCACCAGAGGAGGCUCAUGGGUAAUGAGCCGUGUCUACGACGACGGCUACCCUUGGGACACUGUAUUUCACACCCGAUUUAGCAAUCUGAUCAGAAGUGUCCUGCCUUGGCCCCUUUUGAAACGGGUGUAUGAACAGAAGAUGAACCAAUGGUUUAACCAUGAAAACUAUGGCUUGGUGCCUCAGAACAGAGCGCUGAUGAAAGAGCCAGUGUUCAAUGAUGACCUUCCAAGCCGCAUCCUCUGUGGCAGCGUGGUGGUGAAGCCCAUUGUGAAGGAGUUCACCGAAACCGCUGCCAUCUUUGAAGAUGGGACUAUGGAGGAGAACGUGGAUGUUGUCAUCUUCGCCACUGGCUACAGCUUCUCGUUCCCCUUCCUGGAGCAGUCAGUCAUCAAAGUGGAAAACAACGAGGUCGCGCUGUACAAACAUGUCUUCCCCCCUACGCUGGAGAAGCCAACGCUGGCUGUCAUUGGCCUCAUACAGCCACUUGGGCCCAUCAUGCCAAAUGCAGAGCUGCAGGCUCGCUGGGCUACAAGAGUCUUUAAAGGGCUGACUGAGCUGCCCUCCGAGAACACCAUGAUGACGGACAUUGUCAAGAGGAAAGAGAAGAGGAUCAAGUGGUUUGGUACCAGCCGCAGCCAGACAUUGCAAACCGAUCACAUUGAAUAUCUGGAUGAGCUCGCCGAGGGCUCAGAUGCAAGACCCAGAAUCCUUCCGCUGCUUCUGAAGGAUCCCAAACUGGCCCUGAUGAUUUACUUUGGCCCCUGCAGCCCCUUCCAGUUCCGCUUGACCGGCCCUGGGAAGUGGGACGGAGCCAGAAAUGCCAUCCUGACCCAAAAGGCACGGAUCAUCAAACCCACAAGAACGCGAGUGGUGCACGACUCUUCAAACAACUACCUGGUUUCAUAUUUGCUUAAAAUCUUUGGUCUCAUUGCUCUCUUCGCUGCAAUUUUUGUUAGUCUCCAGUAGUCCUGAGCUCUGUCCUAUGUCAGGUCUCAGCAAUGUGAUGUGAUGCUCUGCCCUCUAUAGCAGUCUUUCUCUUAAAAAAUAACAACCUCCUUGCCAUAUACCAGUCCAUGGGUCUGAUCCAGAGAGGUGCUGAGCAUCUGCAGCUGCUGACUGGCACUAACGAACAUUGUGGCUGCUCAUCAUCACUUUUUAAAAUCUGCCCAUUUGAUUGGAGCUCUCUAGCAAAGCUAUGGGUUUAGGUCAGACUAGAUGGUUGGGUGGUCCCUUCUGGGCCUAAACUCUGCUCCCGCAGCUCCCAUUUCAAUUAACAUGAGGUUGUGUUACUAAAUCCCUUAGGCAGCUUCACUUUGAUCUGUUGAUUUGGGCUCUGUUUAAAUGCCGAGGGCUUGUCUAUACACAAAAGUUGUACCCCUUUGACUGUACUGAUAUCAUUUUACCAGUACAACCCUCAGCGUUGACAUGACUUUAAUGAAAUAAGGCACCUUUUAUGCCACUAUUGCUGCUUCCUAUAUAUGGGAAGGGGAAUAAUCUAUACUGUUAUAACUGCCUCCACACUGGGGGUUGUACUGGUAUAACUAUUUUAGUAAACAGUUGCUCCCUUACCCAACAUAGUUAU